GAGGAGGAGGAGGAGGAGGAUGGAGGAGCAGCUCACAGACAGGACGCGGCGCGCCGCCACCAGCGGCUCCUGGACACCGCCGCGGAGGCGGCGCAGCGGCUGGAUGAAGCCCACGAGGAGGAGCGGCGGAGCCUCGCCGCGGAGCAGCGGCGGCGCCGGCGCGGCUACCGCAUGCACGACGAGCGCUCGCACCUGGAGCGCGAGGAGGAGGUCCUGCGCAGGAGGCCGCGCGCCCGAUCGCAGGGUUUCGCAGCCAUGUUGGCUUAA